UACAUAUAGAUGUUGUAAUCUAUAGAUAUAAAGAUUGUUGUAAUAUCAUUUUUGUUGUUGUGGAGAGUAUUUUGGAUGCAUGAGAGAGGAAGAAGAGGGUGUUGAGAUAGAGAAAAUAAUAGGAAGAAGAAGAAGAAGAACAAUGGGUAGAGGAAAGAUUGAGAUCAAGAAGAUUGAGAAUGUCAAUAGCCGGCAAGUCACCUUCUCCAAACGCCGUGCCGGAUUGCUCAAGAAGGCCAAGGAGUUGUCCAUUUUAUGCGACGCUGAGGUCGGAGUUGUUAUCUUCUCCAGCACCGGCAAGCUCUAUGAAUUCGCCAGUUCCCGGUACAUCUACAUGUUCUUGAUUUUGGAUUGUUUGUUGAUUAAGUUUUUUAUUCAAUCAUUUUUAUUUUAUUUUAUUUUUUUUGGUUCAAUCUUGAGAAGUCAUUUUUGGUUGGAUAUUGAGCAUCAUUGCUCAAUUUUCAUGGUUUCUGAAACAAUGAGCAGCAUCAUUUGCAUGGACCAAAUUCUUGGGAGAUACAAUAAGGGCCCCGAGCCUUUAGAGCUUCCUUCAGUUGAGCAUGUGGCAGAGCAUGAAUCCCAGCCUGAGGUUGAUGCUUUAAAAGCUGAGGUUGCAAGGUUGCAAAGGGUGCACCGGCGGAUGAUGGGUAAGGAACUGGAGGGAUUGAGCUUGAAGGAGUUGCAGCACUUGGAGAAUGAACUGAAUGAAGGGAUGUUAUCUGUUAAAGAUAAGAAGGAGCAAGUACUGUUGGAACAGCUUGAAAAAUCAAGAUUGCAGGAACAAAAGGUUGUGUUGGAAAAUGAAGCAUUGCGUGAACAGAUUGAGGAGCUUCAACGAAGCUCAGUUGCACAUCAAGAACACCGAUCUAUUGGAAGGAAGCAUUCACUGACGAGUUCAAACACAGUUUGUAACUGCACUUCAGAAAGACAAGAAAAAGAUGGAGAUUCAGACAUUUCAUUGCGCUUGGGGUUGUGCAGUGACGUUUAUCACAAGAGGAAAGUACCAAAGAUCGAAUCUGUUUCCAACGAUUCUGGGAGUCAACUGGUGUCACAAUAAAUUUUUCUUGGAGAAAUAUGGCUGCUGGAACAACAUUUGAUCUCCAUAUUUGAAAUAC